UAUUGACGUUUUUUAAAAAAUUAAAUAUUAAGCUUACCAACAAAUUUUGCGAUAUUUUUUUAUAUUAUAUAUUCUAUAAUUAUUAAGCUAUUACAAAUUCAUGACUAAUUAAAACCGUAUAUACCUAUAUAUAAUGAACAUUCUAUCAUUUUGUUAUAUUUAGUAACAAUAUUCAGUUGGCCCGUUGUCGCAUUAUAAAAAUUAAAAGUAUGAAAUUAUUUGUGGCCUCCGUGGCUGCUUAUUUUACAGAUCCCAAAUACCCUUCUAUGGGAUUAGCCAUUGUAUUUUUAAAGAUUAUUGGGCUAUGGAAACUUAAGAAAGUUCAUUACAUCAUGCCAUUUUGCCUAUUUAUCACUUUCAUGAGUCAGGUUCUGUACAUGCUAUUUUCUAAUCGCAUCGCUCAUUUUUUCUUAAACUUAUUUCAAACGGGAUUUUUCCACCUCGGACUGAUUAAGAUGGCACUUUAUUUUUAUAACUUGCCAAAGUGGAUGGAAACUUUCAAUUGGUUAUCUGAAAUGGAGCUUGAGCAACUAGAAGACGAACAUUUGAAGCCCAUUGUGGACAGAUUUAGAAAGUACGGAAAUUUUGUCACAUGGGGUUGGCUCAUCGCUAGCUACGGAACGUGGGUUUUCAAUUACGGGGAAAAUUUAUUGAUGGUCAUUUAUCAAAUUGAAACAUUGCACGAAAUAGAUCCGACCUACAUUACUUUUUAUUUGCUCUGGCCUACGGAACCUGCCACAGGAAGGUGGAAUGUUUACCCAUACAUAGUAGUGCAGUUUUUCUAUUCGUUUUUCACUGCUACAUAUUUGAAUGUCUUCGAUAUAUUAUGUGUAUCGACAAUGAUAGCCAUGGCCGGACAGAUAGAAGUAUUAAGCGAGAUGUUUCGACGAGCGCUGGACACGGAUAGUGAAGAGGAGCAGUAUCGUAAUUUAAUUGCAUGUUACAAACGAUACACCGAUAUACUUUUUACUCAAAAAAGGUUAAACAAAAUAAUGUCGCCUAUUCUUUUUAUAUACUUACUGAUAGCUUCUAUUAAUAUGAGCCUCAUACUGUUUAGUUUGGCUAAUCUCCAAAAAUCAUCCAAAAUUGCUUCACAAGUGCUAGUUAUAGCCUUAAUGAUGGAAGCAUUUUAUUACUAUUGGCACGGACAUCUAGUUAUGUACCAGAGCGAAAAUAUAAGCGCGGCGGUGUAUGACUCUGACUGGGUGGAUAAGAGCCCUGAAAUUCGUCGACUUGUCUACAUCAUGUCCUCUACGGUCAAUAGGAAACUUGUUUUUAAUGCUGGCCCUUUUAAUGAAGUGACUGUUGUUACUUUUAUCCAGAUCGUGAAGGUGACAAUAAGCUUCUACAAAUUGAUGUGCACGACGACGUUAUCAGACUCCGGAUCUUAAUUUUAUUUAAGUUUGAAUAUUUAAUAUUUGUAACUUAUCUCAUCGCGCCUAUUAUCGCAAGUCGGUUGUAUGACCUCCGCGUGUAUCAUGAUCAUAAUAUUUAUGAGAUAGGUAAAUAAUAAUACACGAAAAUGCUACGAAUGUGGACCAAACCCUAUAAACAAAAUUUAGUUAAUAAGAAGGAAUUCCCUAUAUUUUAUUAGAAGAUUUGUUUUCUGUAACUCUGUCGAUACAUAUAUAAUUAUGUAAGAAUAAAUGAAUUUUACACCAGCA